AUGCAUAUCACCAUCCUGAGCUUACUCCUCACCACUUUUCACAUCCAGGCAGCCUGGACCUUUAAGACAAUCCCGGACCUCGAGGCGCUGGGCUACACUGUACGCGACGCAACCCCUCCCUCGAGCGAGUGGUUACGUUAUGAUGUCUCGUACGGUACCACAUUCCUCGCGGACCUAGCCAUAUACAAGGACAACCACUGGCCCGGUCUCCUGGGUGUAUUCAACGCGCAGACUGACGAUGAUGACCGUCCCGAUCGUCUUCCCCUCCGUGACCUCGAGCUUGGCUUUUGGGUUCACAAGGUGGGCCGUGAUUCUUCAGAUUUGCACUCAAUAACGUAUAUGGACGUAUACGAGGAGGCUCUCCAACAAGUCACGCAUCGUGUGUACGAGCUCAUGGGCAAGCUCGAGUCAGAAAACUUGUUGAUUUUCCGAGACACAAUCUCGGAAAAUGAGAAGAAGGCGUACGACCUACUCCACACAGAGACCCCAUUCGGCUCUGGAGCGCAGAAGAUGACUGAAGAGUUCCAGGAAAUGCAAGGAAAAGUUGUUGGGGGUUUUGGAUAUGAGGCACAGGCCGCGGGUGUGUUCCACUUCACCGUGUACUUCUCAUAG